GAGGCUCCACCCAAAUGCUGAAAGAAGAGAAAUGCCUAAGAAACUCCAAAGAUCUCUCCAGGAUUACCUUUCCAAGAUCAAGAAGGCUAAUCGCACACCUCCUCCAGUUCACGACUCCGUCUCAGCCUCCAAGAACUGGAUUCUCGCCGGGUGCAAGCACCCGAAGACGCAGUCGUUCGCCGUCGACCGGGGCAGGAACGGCGGCGGGGGCGGCGGCGAGGCGGCGACUCUUGACGACGUUGACCGCUUCCUCUUCGAGAAUUUCAAGUCGCUGUAUCUCCGAGACGACGACGGGGGAGGAGCGUGCAAGAAGGGCAAGGGGAACGACGAGAAGGAACGCGGCGGGUGCGAUCCGGUUUUGUUCGAGUCGCCGAGGUUCAUCGACCCGCCGUUGAACCUCUGCGGGUCGAACCGGUUCUUCGUGGCCCCCGGCUCGUCGAGCUCCCUGAUGGAGGAAGCCCGGAGCAGCUUGACCAUGUCGGAGGACGUGGCCUCCAGCUCCACGUCGACCGCGACCACCGCGACUACCUCAACCACCACCACGACCAUCACCACGGGGAGUUCAGACAAUCCCCACGAGAACGAGACGAAGGUCUCGCUCCCCGAUGACUGCAUCGCCAUGGUGACGCAUUCCACGAGCCCGUACGACGAUUUCAAGCGCUCCAUGCAAGACAUGGUGGAGGCCAGGCUCGACGGCAAUGCAAAGGUCGAUUGGGAGUUCAUGGAGGAGCUUCUGUUCUGCUACCUGAACCUGAACGAGAAGAAGUCCUACAAGUACAUACUGAGCGCCUUCGUGGAUCUGAUAGUGGUCCUGCGCCGGAACCGCGGCGGCAGCAGGGCUCCGGCUCCGGCUCCGGCAAGGUCACGGAACAAGGAGGGAAGGAAGAAAACUAGGAGAGAGAUGUGUAAACGUCAAUCUAGGUCGAAUUCGAAUUAAAUUAAAGGGGGUGUACCAGGUGGACCGCCCCUAGGUGUUGAAUUCCAUGGCUCCAUCACAUGCGAUGUUGUUCAUAAUGGAGAAGGGUCUCAUGCUAAAUUACGUGUUUUGGUUAUCCUUGAGCUUUGUUUGUUUCUUGCUUUCGGUAAGGUUUAGGAGGUGGUUACGAUGAUCUUUGUCCGGGGGUUGUUCCCCGAUGUUGUGCAGGAACUUGCCUUGGCACGUUCCACAGUGGCCCUCCUGGAUCUAGUUUAAUCCGCUAUUUAUUAUUGUAUCUUAGAGACCUUACCAGCCUUACAAUGACGGGAAAGGAGUGUUUUGAAGAA